AUGCUUAUAUAUGUAUUUGAAAUUAUUGAAGUUGUACCGGAACCUGAUAAUCCUCAAACAAAUCAUAAAUUUAAAUUACUUUGUGCUGAAGAAGUUAAAGGCUCCGUAACUACUAUUUGUGAUGUAAAUGGAUAUUUAUUAACAUGUGUUGGGCCAAAGAUAUUUAUACGUGCCUUUGAAGAUAAUGAUUGUCUUAUUAGUGUUGCAUUUAUUGAUAUACAACUAUAUGCAAGUAAUGUAGUAUCAAUUAAAGAUUUUAUACUAUUGGGAGAUGUAUAUAAAAGUGUAUGGUUUCUUGGAUUUCAGGAAGAACCAGCAAAAUUGGUUUUAGUUGGCAAAGAUUAUAAUUCUUUGGAAGUUAGUUGUUUAAAUGUGCAAUCUUUUGCUGGUCAAAAACUUAUCCGCCGCGGUGAUUUCCAUGUUGGAUCCCAAGUGAAAACAAUGCUCACGUUACCUAAAAAAGAAGUUAUACGUAAAGAUCAUGACUUUGAUUUAGAAUUUUCAUCCAAGACUUCAGAAGAAAUCGGAACACUUGACGGAAGUAUUGGAAUGAUCACGCCGAUAACAGAAAAAACUUAUAAACGAAUGCAACUUUUAUAUUCUCAAAUGGUUAAUGGAAUACAACAUCCAGCAGGCUUAAAUCCAAAAUCAUUUAG